GGUUCGGCUCAACAGACGCUGGUCUGCCGGCGCUGGGGCGCUACGCUGCGCUUGUUGCGAGAGCUGGGGCUGAGACUAGGCGGCGCGGCAGCAGACCGGGCAGCCGACCGCCGCCCUCUCGCAGUGCGACCGCGGCGGCUGCGUCAGGGUCCCCAGGAGGCGGCCCGGGGCGUGAAUGCUCUGGGGGCGCAGCCAGGCCUGCAUGGGCCGGAGGAACCGGAGCUCCGGCGUCGCGAUUCUUAUGGAAAUCUGUUAAUUCUACUUUUUGAGCACUAUGAAUAACCACGUGUCUUCAAAGCCAUCUACUAUGAAGCUAAAACAUACCAUCAACCCCAUUCUUUUAUAUUUCAUACACUUUAUAAUAUCACUUUAUACUAUUUUAACAUACAUUCCAUAUUAUUUUUUGUCUGAGUCAAGACAAGAAAAAUCAAACCAAAUUAAAGCAAAGCCUGUAAAUUCAAAACCUGAGUCUGCAUACAGAUCUGUUAACAGCUUGGAUGGUUUGGCCUCAGUAUUAUACCCUGGAUGUGAUACGCUAGAUAAAGUUUUUAUGCACGCAAAAAACAAAUUCAAGGACAAAAGACUCUUGGGAACACGUGAAAUUUUAAAUGAGGAAGAUGAAGUGCAACCAAAUGGAAAAAUUUUUAAAAAGGUUAUUCUUGGGAACUAUAAUUGGCUGUCCUUUGAAGAUGUCUUCGUUAGAGCUUUUAAUUUCGGAAAUGGCUUACAGAUAUUGGGUCAGAAACCAAAGACCAACAUUGCCAUCUUCUGUGAAACCAGGGCUGAAUGGAUGAUCGCUGCACAGGCCUGCUUCAUGUAUAAUUUUCAGCUUGUUACGUUGUAUGCUACUCUAGGGGGUCCAGCGAUUGUUCAUGGAUUAAAUGAAACAGAGGUGACCAACAUCAUUACUAGUAAAGAACUCUUACAAACAAAGUUGAAGGAUAUAGUUUCUCUAGUCCCAUGCCUGCGUCACAUCAUCACUGUGGACGGUAAGCCACCGACCUGGUCUGAGUUCCCCAAGGGUGUCAUCGUGCACACCAUGGCAGCAGUGCAGGCUCUGGGAGCCAAGGCCAGCGUGGAAAACAAACCUCAUAGCAAACCAGUGCCCUCAGAUAUUGCAGUAAUCAUGUACACAAGUGGAUCCACAGGACUUCCAAAGGGGGUCAUGAUCUCCCAUAGUAACCUUAUUGCUGGUAUAACUGGGAUGGCAGAAAGGAUUCCAGAACUGGGGGAGAAAGAUGUUUACGUUGGAUAUCUGCCUCUGGCCCAUGUUUUAGAAUUAAGUGCUGAGCUUGUUUGUCUUUCUCAUGGAUGCUGCAUUGGCUACUCUUCACCACAGACUUUAGCAGAUCAGUCUUCAAAAAUAAAAAAAGGAAGCAAAGGAGAUACAUCCAUAUUGAAACCAACACUGAUGGCAGCUGUCCCGGAAAUCAUGGAUCGGAUCUACAAAAAUGUCAUGAAUAAAGUGAAUGAAAUGAGUAAUUUUCAACGCACUCUGUUUAUUCUCGCCUAUAAUUACAAAAUGGAACAGAUUUCAAAAGGGCAUGGUACUCCACUGUGUGAUAGCUUUAUUUUCCGGAAAGUUCGAAGCUUGCUAGGUGGAAAUAUUCGGCUUCUCUUGUGUGGAGGUGCUCCACUUUCUGCAACCACACAGAGAUUCAUGAACAUCUGUUUUUGCUGUCCUGUCGGUCAGGGUUAUGGACUCACUGAAUCUUGUGGGGCUGGAACAAUUACAGAAGUGUGGGACUACAAUACUGGCAGAGUGGGAGCACCAUUAGUUUGCUGUGAAAUCAAAUUAAAGAACUGGGAGGAAGGUGGAUACUUUAAUACUGAUAAACCACAUCCUAGGGGUGAAAUUAUUAUUGGUGGCCAAAAUGUGACAAUGGGAUACUACAAAAAUGAAGCAAAAACAAAAGCUGAUUUUUUUGAAGAUGAAAAUGGACAGAGGUGGCUCUGUACUGGAGAUAUUGGAGAGUUUGACCCUGAUGGUUGUUUGAAGAUUAUUGAUCGUAAAAAGGACCUUGUAAAACUACAGGCAGGAGAAUAUGUUUCUCUUGGGAAAGUAGAGGCAGCUUUGAAGAAUCUCUCACUAAUAGAUAACAUUUGUGCAUAUGCAAACAGUUAUCAUUCUUAUGUCAUUGGAUUUGUUGUGCCGAAUCAAAAGGAGCUAACGGAACUAGCACGAAAGAGGGGACUUCGAGGGACCUGGGAGGAGCUGUGUAACAGCUGCGAAAUGGAGAAUGAGGUGCUCAAAGUGCUCUCUGAAGCUGCUGUUUCAGUAGGGAGAAGAAUGUACUUAUCAGUCCCCCACUGAAGCCCCUUUAGGGACACACAAAUCAUCCACGCCCACCACUGAUGGACAUGUCUCAGAAUGUCCUCUUCUCGGCAGCUUCUGUUUUCUGGGUUGGCCCUUUCUCCACUCUUCUCAGCUGUUUCCAAGGCCCUGCUUAGCUUCCAGGACACCCCAGCCUGCAGUGAACCAUCCAGGACUCUGCUACACUGUUAGUGUGCUGGUAGUCAGUUGAUCUCAUGUGUCUUCCACCGUGUGUGUGUGUGUGUGUGUGUGUGUGUGUGUGUGUGUGUGUGUGUGUGUGUGUGUUGAGGGGUGAGUGCAGAGAGACUUCGUUUAAUGUUGUUGGUUUCAUAAAAACAGCUGUACCUUCUGAGUCAUCGGUGUCAUGGGUAAUACAAGUAUGCAGUUUUAUUCUCCUCAGAUAUGUUAUUCAAGAUUAUGAAAAAUGUAAAUUGCAUUUAAUCAGACAAAAUCAUUUUGACCCUUUAUUUCAACAGUAAUUGUGUUUUGUAGUAUGUCAGCUUGAAAAUAGUUUCCAACUUUUCUAGGUAACUUGAAAUCCUUGGUCUGAUGCUAAAUUGAGUUAAUUAAUGGAUAUGAAAUUAGAAACCUACAUAAUUUCUAAGUAAGGUAGAAUACUGAAACAAUAAUUAAGCAUAAUUUAAAAUUUAUAUGCCUUCUUGCUUUAUUUUUAAAUUUUAUGUAUAUGUUAACAGCUCUGAGAUAUAUUAUAAUUCACAUACCAAACAACUUGCCCAUUUAGUAUAUACAAUUACAUAGUUUUUUAGUAUAUUCACAGAGUUGUACAAUUACCAUAAUCAGUUUUAGAACGUUGUCAUCACCUCAGAAAGAAAUAGUGUGCCUAUUAGCAGUCACUCCCCACCAUACCUCAAACCUCCUAGUCCUUGGGAACCACUAAUCUUUCUGUUUUUAUAGAUUUGCCUGUUCUGAAGAUUUUGUAUAAGUAGAACCAUAUAAUAUAUAGGGUUUUGUGACUGGUUUCUUUCACUUAGCAUGUAGUGUUCAUCCAUGUUUUCUUGUCGUAGCAUGUAUCAACACUUCAUUCCCUUUUAUUGCCAAGUAAUAUUUGGUUAUCCAUUCAUCAGUUGACACCUGGGUUGUUUCUACUUUUGGCUGUUAAUGAAUAAUGUUGCUGUGAACAUUUGUACGCAAGCUUUUGUGUGGAUAUACUUAUUUAUUUCUGUUGUGUAGAUGACUAGGAGGAGAAUUGCCACGCCUCUGUUAACUUUAUGUUGAACCUUUUGAGGGACUACCAGGCUAUUUUCCAGAACAUAUUUUUCUAAAUAUUUUCCAGACUAUUUUUAAAAAUGGUGGCACCAUUUUACAUUCCCACGAAUGUUGUAUGAGGGUCCCAGUUUCCCCACAUCCUUCCCAGCACUCAUUAUUGUUCAUCCUUUCAAUUUUAGCCAUCCUGGUUGGUGUGAAGUGGCCUCUCAUUGUGGCUCUGAUUUGUAUUUCAGAUGGUGGUUUAUGAUGUUGAGCAUAUUUUCAUGUACUUAUGACCAUUGUAUGUCUUCUCUGGAGAAAUGGCUGUUCAGAUGCCCAUUUUUUAAGUGAGGUUGUCUUUUUAUUAUUGAGUUGUAUGAGUCUUUGUAUAUUCUAGAUGCAAAUCCAUUAUCAGGUAUAUUUUCUCCCAUCCUGUGGGUUGUGUUUUGACUUUCCUUGAUGGUAUCGUUGGAAGCAACAACAGUUUUAAUUUUUAUAAGAUACAGUUUAUUUUUUUCUUUUGUUGCUUGUGCUUUUGGUGUCACAUCUGAGAAACUGUUGCCUAAUCCAAGUUACAAAGAAAUAGCCCUUUGUUUUGUUCUAAGAGUUUUAUAGUUUUAGCCCUUAUAUUUGGGUCCUUAAUCCAUUUUGGGUUAAUUUUUAUAUAUGAUGUGAAGAAGGGAUCCAACUUCAUUUUUAAGCAAAAUCUAUAUUAGGUUUACACCAGAGAAACAGAAUCAGUAAGUUAAAUAUAUUAAGAAACUUAUUGUAGGGAAUUGGUUUACCUGAUUAUUGGGGGCUGGCUAGACAAACUUGGAAAUCUGUAGGGCAGACUGUUAAAAAAAAUAAAUAGGGGGCUUUCCUGGUGGCGCAGUGGUUGCGCGUCCGCCUGCCGAUGCAGGGGAACCGGGUUCGCGCCCCGGUCUGGGAGGAUCCCACAUGCUGCGGAGCGGCUGGGCCCGUGAGCCAUGGCCGCUGAGCCUGCGCGUCCGGAGCCUGUGCUCCGCAACGGGAGAGGCCACAACAGAGGGAGGCCCGCCUACCACAAAAAAAAAAAAAAAAAAAAAAUAAAUAAAUAAAUAAAUAAAAGGUGGACUGGAGCUCCUCAGCACGAGCCAAAGCCCCUGUCCACAGGCAGAAUUGCUUCUUGUUUGGGAGCGCCUCAGCUCUGCUCUCAAGGCCUUUCAGCUGACUUAGUCGUAUCUACAAAACCACUUUCAAAGCAACACCUGGAUUAUUAGUGUUUAAUUGAAUAACUGGGAACUCUAGCCUAGCCCAGAUGAUAUAUAAAACUAUCACAGCCCACCCAUUGUCAGCUUGGCACCCAGAUAUGUCCUUACACCAUAGUUAAUUUCCAGGUAAAGACAGUAAGGAAGUCAGACUAUCACCUAACAUUAUACACCUGUUCUGCGUGCAACUGAAGAUACAUUAUCAUUUUCCCCAGAAGUGGAUGCAGACCCCUUGACUGAUUUUUUUUUUACUCUUCUCCUUUGAUAUCCUGUAACUUAAAUACUGUGAUACAAAGUGAACUUACUAAUAUAUUGUGAUAAGAGAAUAGGAGGGAAGAAAACAAAAAUACUUGCUUAACAUAUAUACAAGCAUAUUCACAACAAUAUAGGGAAGAAGAAGUAAUUAUACUUAGAGCCCCCAUUUCUUCACCUGGUCAUUUGGUUGUAGUUGUGUUCAUUUUUCUAAAACCUGGUCUAGAUGAUAUCGCUGUACCUAACUAACGUCAUGUUGAGUCCGGUCGUAGAGUGCGGUGCCGACUGAGCACUUAACAGCUGCGCGUGGGCUUCCAGUGCUUUUGCCUGUGAGUCUCCCCACAUCUCCGUAGUGUCAGACUCCUGGCCCUUCAGAACUGUGCUCCCCGCCUUACUGCUUUUGCUCACAGUGGUUUUUCCUCUUAGAAACCACUCCUGACACAUUUUUCAUCUUUGAAGAAUAAAACUUUGUUAUUUCUGUUUCUUUUUACAGGUUAGAGUUAAUAUAUCAUUUUUGUUCCCAAGGCACUUAUACCUUUUAAUUCAGUUCUUUUAAGGUAUAUACAUUAUUGUGGCUAGGUGUUUACCUGUUUCCCGAUAGUAUACCAGUUGAGAGCAGAAACUAUUCAUUUUUGUAUUUUAAAAGAAUGUUCAGUAAAGCACUUUAUACAGUAUUUUUUUCCUGGUAAAUAUUUGUUAAAUGAAUGCUGGAAAAGUAAAUCAGUCUUUUUAAGGCAAGGUGUUUCUUCAGAACGACAUCUCUUGUCCCUGUCUUCCCCCCGCCCCCUUCAUUUUUCCACUGUUGAGGACCUGCUUGGGGUCAGCAGUGUGGGAGGAGCACAGCAGCGAGCAGACGCUCCUCCUCCGCGCUCAUGCGAAUAUCGCGGCUCAGUGACAGGUUCUCUUUAAACUUCAGUCUUUCUUAGUUUCUAAAGCGAGUUUUUAAAAUAAAUUCAAAGAAAACAAAAAUAGGUGUAAGGUAAAAAGUGACAUUUCCUUUUUCUUAAUCCUGGAUCCUAGCCCCCUAGAGGUACGUGGUUUAUUUUGGUGUGUAUCCUUGUCGUACACAUCUAGUUGCAUAUAAGUUUAUCUAGUGUUAAAACACAAAACAAAACUUCUUUUAAACCUAACAAUAUAUUGCAGGUAUCUUUAUAUACCCAGACCAGAUAGAUGUAACUCAUGUUUAGUGACUGCAUUGUGUACGUUUUAUGCCUGUAUCGUAAUUUAUCCAACUCCUUCUAUUGAUGGACAUGUAGGUUUUCUCAGCAUUUUUUUGCUGUUGUAAUUCUCAUACAUAAUCGUUUCUUACGUCUCGUGUUUCUGAGGGAUAGAUUGUUUAGAAGUGAGGUUUAUGAGCUGUUGGCUUUGCAUUUUGAUGAGUGCUCAAAGACUGAGGAAGUUAGAUUAUUUGCCAAGAAUUUUAAUUGUAUAUUUUUCAUGACCUUGCAUUUACAUUUUUUUUUCACCGUCUCAGCAAGUCUGGAAAAGUUUGAAAUUCCAGUAAAAAUUCGUUUGAGCCCUGAACCGUGGACCCCUGAAACUGGUCUGGUGACAGAUGCCUUCAAGCUGAAACGCAAAGAGCUUAAAACGCAUUACCAGGCGGACAUUGAGCGAAUG